AUGCAAAUGCAGUCACGAGAAGGCAAAAUUAGAUAGAUUAGGUGACCGCCCAGGAGAUUGGGAGGCGCACAGGAUGAUGGGUAGUAGUUGGAAUUGGAUGAGACGAAUGAGACGUAGGCGAAGGAAGACAAGCAAAGGAGAUAUCAUUACACUUGCAGAUUCUCUCCCCAAGAGCUUAGCCCGCCCAUGGCCGCCUCUGGCCCUGCCUUUGCCUUGGGAUUUCCCUCUUCUCCCCACUCACUCCACACCCACAUCAAACACCAGGGGCCGCAUAUGUUUUGUCACUCUGGAUGGCCAUCUCCUGAAAAACUAUGCUCUCAGUACUGAUUUCACCAUGGACGCCCUCGCCAUAUUUUCUGAGUUCAAAACAGCCCACUUGCCCAUUCAAAGUGUGCUAAGCAGGUUUACAGUAGAGCAGGGGAUGCCACCCACAUCUAAUCCGUGGGUGAUAAAAAAUAUUGUGAAAGAGGUCUUGAAAUCAUGGCCCCUGAAGUCUGCAAACACCGCCAAGCCAGCAGAGUUUGUGGAGGCGUUGCGUGGGGUGUUAAUGGGAGUGGCCAUGCGUUUGAAGACAACGCCCCUGAAGAUGGCGCACACCGUUACUACUUAUGAUGGCAAGUCGUUGCUACAAUUUCUCACCAACAAACAUCAGAUGAUAAAGGCUCUGGAAAUGACAUGGAAAUCGUUGCCCAAGGAAGAGCAUGGGAAAUUGAUUAAAGAAUAUGUUGGUGUUGCUCUGGACAUUUUGUCUCCUGCCACUGGUCUCCCACACUGUGGCACUGUGCAAGAGAUGGAUAAGAUUGUUUCUUCUGAGUUGAAAAUGGUGGACGGAGUGGAGGGUGGGGUGUUGAAUCGUAAGGAAUUCAAGAAGGUAAUGGUGGAGGUAGUGGGCAGAAUAAUGAAUGAACUUGAGAGGAAUCCAGUCUCUGUUUCCUCUGAUGUUGUCAUCACCAAAUCUAUUGUUUUUCCCACACAGGAGGACAACUCAGAGCAGAGGAACCAUUAGGGGGAUUAUUUGUUUUCACGGAAAUUUUAGAAAUAAAAUAGUUUUGGAUCUUAGUGAAAUUUAUUGGA